AUGCAGCAAACGAUCUUUUCUCCUUGUGCCACGCGCGUUCGAUGACGCUAUCGUAAUCAGUUAAUUUCCGGGCGUUAAGCGAUUUCAGUCGGCCCGGUGAAUUGGCGAUAUUCGGGGAUGACGGGGCGCGAGAUACGCAAUGUAUGACAAUUCAGCAGCGGCAUCAGGUGUGAGGGAUAAUCGUCCCCGAGUGCUAUCCGCGGGAUCAAUUUCUUCCUUACUGGGGACUGCGAAGGCAUUUCGUGCCUCCAUGGGCUAUUACAGUAUCCGAGCGGCACGCGAAAGCGCAAGAAGAGGAAUCAAGAAUGAUUACCGAUCAAUACGAUGCAACCGGGGGAUGCCAGUUGCGGCGACGAUGAAACACGAGCGACGUUAAAGUGCAAUCGUCUGGAAUGAAGCAUUAGAGAUAAAGGCCUUCGAGCAUUACCGAGGCGCGACGUUUAUGACGACAUUUCGCCUGGUUGUAGAGCACGAAACUCGAACAGGCGAAUAAAAAAGAACGCAUCCUCCGCGACAUGCCCUUUGCGAAAUAUCGACAAUUUCCGUUGCUGCUAUAUCGGAGCGAGCUACAAAGCCCUGCCGCGGCGAUCCGUUCGCUUAACCGAUCUCCGUUGAACUCGUGGAAACAUUAGAAACGUGCUCGGAUAUUUUUCGGAAUUUUCCGUCGUCACGUUCCUAUAUUGUAAUUAUCGCCAGUUACCUUGGUAAAUAAUUAUGCCUCGACGUCGGUGUUGAUCGGCGCGAGAUGCAACGCUCGUUACUCGGACAACGAUCGUUGUAACAAAUCGAUCGCAAGUCGAUCCUACGGAGAAUUGCGUCCGAGAAUCGUGUCCGAAUCUACUUCCGGUGUGUCGUGCCUCGUCAUGAGAGCGGAAGUUGGUGGACGAGCGGCGACGAGUGCCGCGCGGGGCUUAUCGUCAGCGGGCUUACGCCUAGUGAUCCGGAAAGGCGCGAGAUGAAAGUGCGCGCGUCGCGAGAUGUCGUCGAAACUGACCGGAUGAAGAGGACGGACGGGAUGGGGACGGCCGGAAAAAUUCCCGUGACGGCGGCGACGGUGACGACGAUCGGCGACAGGGCGAGUCGCUCGCUGGCGCUGCUGGCCGUGAUCGCCUGGUGUUCCUGCUGGCUCCUGCUGAUUGGCGAGUGCGCUGGCCAGAAGCCGAUCAAUCUCGGCAGCAGUAAGAAACGCGACGUCUACAUCGCCGGCUUCUUCCCAUACGGCAACCACGUGCCGGAGGGUCACAUCGGGCGUGGCGUCAUGCCCGCGGUAAAGCUCGCCGUGGAGCACAUCAACGAACAUGCGACGAUACUCAGGGACUAUCGGCUGCACAUGUGGUGGAACGACACGGAGUGUAGCGCCGCAGUUGGGAUGAAAGCCUUCUUCGACAUGAUGCACAACGGGCCGCACAAGGUGAUACUCUUCGGCGGUGCUUGCACACAAGUCACGGACCCGAUAGCGAAAGCUUCGAAACACUGGCGCCUUACGCAGCUCAGCUACGCAGACACCCAUCCUAUGUUCACGACCAACAGCUUCCCGAAUUUCUUCAGGGUCGUGCCGUCCGAAAACGCCCUGAACGCACCGCGAGUGGCAUUGUUGGUGCACUUCAAUUGGACGCGGGUCGGCACGAUUUACCAGAACGAGCCCAGAUAUGCACUGGUGCAUAAUCGGCUGGUGGCCGAUCUGGACGAGAGCAAGAUGGAGCUCGUGGAGACGCUGAGCUUCGCUACGGAGGUGAGGACGGCGCUCGAGAAGCUCAAGGAGAAGGACGUGAGGAUCGUGCUGGGUAACUUCAACGAGGCGUGGGCCAGGCGAAUAUUCUGCGAGGCCUACAGAUUCGGUCUCUACGGAAGGAAGUAUCAAUGGGUCAUUAUUGGGACUUACACCAGGGAGUGGUGGCUGCGUCCGGACGGCGGAUGCGAUCCCGCCGAGUUGUCCGAGGCGCUCCACGGUGUCAUCCUGACGGAUCUGUUGCCGCUGACGAGCGAAGAACAGCACACCACAUCCGGAAUUACUCCGGUUCAGUAUCAGGUCGAAUACGACUCGAGGCGGGGCAGCGAGUACUCCAGAUUCCACGGAUACACGUACGACGGUAUCUGGACGAUCGCACUGGCCGUAAAGAAUGUCGCGCGCAGGAUACGGCACUUUCAUCGUAACCAGACUAUAUCCGACUUUCGGUAUAGGGACGUAUUAUGGGAGAAGCUCUUCCUCGAUGCCCUCAGGAAUACAAGCUUCGAUGGUGUUACGGGACCGGUUCGCUUCUACGAUAACGAAAGGAAAGCGUACAUUCUUCUAAAACAAUUUCAAAACGGUCAGGAGGUAAAUGUAGGCGAGUACGAUAGCAUAACCGGCGUUCUGGAUCUGACUAGAGGGGCGCCGCUGUGGAACGGGAGAUCGCCACCGAAAGAUCGGACCGUUCGCAUCAUCGAGCACUCCACCGUGGACAUCACGCUAUACGCGGUGCUAGCCUCGGCCGCUAGUGUCGGUAUCGUCUUGGCAUCCAUAUUUCUCGCCAUCAAUAUCAGAUACCGAAAUCAAAGAUACAUCAAAAUGUCAUCGCCCCACCUCAACAAUCUCAUCAUCGUCGGUUGUAUGCUGACCUACAGUAGCGUUAUCUUCCUCGGACUAGACUCGCAAUUAUCGAGCGUAGCGGCGUUCCCAUACAUUUGUACGGCCAGAGCGUGGCUGCUGAUGGCCGGUUUCUCGUUGGCCUUCGGCUCCAUGUUCUCGAAAACGUGGCGUGUACAUUCCAUAUUCACUGACGUGAAGCUCAAUAAGAAGGUGAUAAAAGAUUACCAGCUGUUUAUGAUAGUCGGGAUACUGUUGGCUGUCGAUCUCACAAUCAUGACGACGUGGCAGAUAGCCGAUCCGUUCUAUCGGGCGAUCAAGCAGAUGCAGCCUUACCAUCAUCCUUCCAGCGAGGAUAUAAUAAUCAUCCCGGAGAACGAGUAUUGUCAGAGCAAUCAAAUGAAUAUUUAUCUGUUUUGCAUAUAUGCAUACAAAGGCCUUUUAAUGAUAUUCGGUGCCUUUCUGGCAUGGGAAACGCGGCACGUUAGUAUACCGGCAUUAAAUGACAGUAAAUACGUGGGAAUGAGCGUGUACAACGUUGUUAUAAUGUGCGUCACUGGCGCGGCUAUAAGCUUCGUGCUGACUGACAAACAGGACGCUAUGUUCAUAAUGUUGGCGGUGUUCAUUAUAUUUUGUAGUACAGCCACUCUUUGUCUGGUUUUUAUUCCUAAGGUAAUAGAGUUACGCAGAAAUCCGCAAGGGGCGAUAAAUAAGCGGACCAGGGCGACUCUGAGGCCGAUGUUGAAAAUACGAAGGGACUCGACAGUCAGCGAGAUCGAUGAGCGUUUGAAGGAGGCGAAGCUGGCGAAUAAAAAAUUCCGGAAGCAACUAUUGCAAAAGGAUUCCGAGCUUCAGGGAUUUCUAAGGCGAAUGGGCGAAGAAACUGCAAAUGAAACGCAAGAAACGGUCGACACGUUGCCUGUUCCAAAGCCAGAAGAGGCCGUUAAAAGGGAAGGACCAUCAAUAACCACAGAAACGACUGAUGUUUCAAUGUCCAUAUGCAGCUUGAACUCAUCAACUGUUUCGCAGCCGGAGGGCGAUUACGUCAACGUGGAUCAAGUAACAAAGAAAAGGUCGUCCGUCACGAAAGCCACGUCAAUCACCAUCGAUAACGAACGAGUGGCUAUGACGGCCCAGAUCGAGGAGAGCUCUUCUCCGGGCGUCGAGACAACGACGGACGCGUUCCCGCCGUUGCCCCUGCCAUCAACGACGAUGACAAUAGCGAUGACAACGACGACGAUGACGACAACGACGACAGCGAUGGCGACGGCGAUGGCGACGGCGACGGCGACGGCGGUGACGCCAACAACGACACAUUCCAGACACACGUGCGGCGCGGAUGCAUCGCGACGCAAGAGCGCCUCCGACGAGACGGGCAAGACGAGUGAGCCGAUGUUGCUGAUACGCAACAAAAGCCAAGAACCGUUGCCGAACGAAGCCGCGACGACGACGCGUUUCGUGCCGCCGGUCGUCGAGGAGAGCGACUCCGUGAUUCUCGAGGAGACUGAGAUUGCGAGGCAUGUGUGUCGCGUGAGAAGACGGAGCAAGGACGAACGCAGGGCGAAGCUGUCGACGCCGCCGCCGACCAAGAACGUGUCCUUUGGCGAGCUUCACGAGCAGAGCUACAUCGAGCAAGUCAUCAUGCCGUUCCCGUUGACGCAAUAUGUGCCAAAUCAUCGGCAUGCCGAAAAGUACGAGGAGUCGAUGUCGACGAUCAUCCAGCGCUCCAUGUCAGAGCGCUCGCGGGAAAAGUGCCUACGGCUACACAUCAGCGGUGGCCACCCCAUAGUCGAGUGCUCGCAUCGGGUCGCGCGCCGUAUGUGCCGGCACGCGGGCUCGAAGCUGCGCCACCAGGCACGGCUGGAGUACGUGCAGAGCACCCCGAACGUGGCGACGAUGCACAACGGCAAGCACGUCGCGGCCAACUCGCGCGGCGGAACCGGCGACGUGAACGGUGAUUCCGCGGUGAACGUCUCCAAGAUGUACAGCGCCGUGUCGGACGGCGAGCUGCUGGAUCUGACGAUCCUGCCGAUUUUUCAAAAGCUCCUCACCGAGCGGCAUAAGAGCACUGCCAGACGAGGCUAUCGCUCGAAUAUAGCUAGUUGCCCGAAUAUAUCCAUCAAGUGCGACAUUGUCGAGUACCUCUAACACGUGUCCAGCCGGCGACCUGAUCACCGCGCGACGACACUUGCUCACGUUUCACACGUCACACUGGACUCACAAUCGGUAGGGUGUGUUAGGUCGGUUGUCUAACAAUAAGUCGAUUAGAUGAAUUAGUUGAUCUCGCGAGAGCGACGAUUCUUUACGACAAAUCAUUGUUAAGUUGAAGAUAUUCGGUAUCGAAUAAUGUUUAUGCCGUUGCGUUAACUCAUUUAUAAGAAUGAUGAUGUGGAUAAAGACGCUGGCUAUCCACGUGAAUUAAUCAAUUCGUUCCGUCUUUCGCGUUUUCGCUCAGCAUUUAAUAUUACGAUAAAGCGGAUGAAAAUUAAAAAAAAAUAAACAAAAGAAACGCCGUGAAUAAUGUAACGCUCUAGUAAAAUAAUAAUUGUCUCGAAUGUCUCGUUCAAUUCUCAUCAAGAAGUGCAAGAAAAACGACGCGACGAUCGAUGCGCGCGCGAUUAAAGGUAAGACUUUUUCUAUAAUACACACGGGAUAUUUUCUAAUGCGCGACGAUGAUUAUUUAAACGUAAGAAUAUAUAAAGGACAAAACGCGAUGAAAAUAAUAUCGAAAAAUCGGUGAAAAUCUUCUCACGGUGACACACUUGGAAAUCUCACCGAAAUUUCAAUCUCACUCAUCGUUGCUUGGGUUUUUUUUUAGACGUAGACGGAGUAAGUGUAAACAGAUUUGGGGGCGAUAUCUAUCGAACACACACACUUAGUUACUUAAACGUCAGUCAAUAGGUCCUGUAUCUCAUUAGUGACAUAUGCAACGUGUAACAAACACUGCGGGAAAGCACAAAUGAGAAGAAAAAAAACUUCGUAUAUAGUAUCCGUGGUAAAACACACACAUUUUUGGGAGUGAAGUCGGGAUGGAAGAUAGGAGAUUGGGGGUCGUCUAUGUAAUCGAUAUAGCGUAUUGCUUUUGGGGCAGAAAAUUGGGGUAGAGGGAAAGGGAGGGGAGAGUAAACUCUAGCAGCGAACAAAUAUUGUUUAAAUAUUUCUUAGUACGACCGAAGAAUAUUUUUGUGACGCGACUUUAAAACAUUAAACUAGUUCUAGUUGAUGCGAUAUCGAUUAAUAAUAAUAUACCUUCGAGAUAUUUACAAAACGAAUUGUAAAAUAAAAAAAAAAGAUAUUCGUUAGUCGCGGGGAUAGGAAAAGAGAUUCGACUGUUACAACGAUUUUCGUCCCAUCAGGAUAUCUCGUUCAUCGAUCGCGACGAGGCGGGAACGAGAACGCUCCCCUGAAAAUGAAGGGAGAUCGCGUUUAAAAUGUCACCGUCGGCUAACAAAUGUUUUUUUUCCGAUAGAGAAAACAUACAUAUAUCUAUAUAUAAGGAUUGUUAAGGCAAAGAUAUCGAGAACAUGUUAAUUAGAUGCGUUCUCUCCUUCGGACGCUCCGUUUUCACGAAAAAUUUCGCCAGAAUCUCAGGCCGAGACGGCGGAGAAGCGCGACACUUUACAAAUACUAAAGUAAGUUUCCCCUCGCGUACAUUUCUAAAAUGAAUAACUAUGUGUUUGUAAAUAUAUGUUACAAAGUAAUAUAUAUUCAUUGAAUAUUUCCUAUACACGUGUAUACACAUACACACACUUAACUUGGCGCGUCUAGCCAAUCCUAGGAGAUAAUUACGUAACGGUUUCACCAGGCAUAUUUCGUUCUCCGCUAGGGUGCUGUGUUCAAAAAAUACAUACCUCGAAGAGAGUGUGGUGGCGGAGCAUAUUAAUAUAAAUACCUUCGGGUACAUCUCUAAAACUGAUAAUUAUCGAAUCGAAUCAAUGCAUGCAUUGUCAAUUGCCCCACAUCCUUUCGUUUUCUACGAAAAAAAUAAUAAUUAUAAACAAGCACUCGCGGUAUCCUGCAUCUGACGAUACCGAAGAUUCUUGCGGAAAACCGAGAGUCGAAAGCCUCUUUUGCUCUAAAACAGGGUCAGAUCGCGGGAAUAAAAUGUCCAUUUGAGUGGUAAAACGGAUAUCAUGCUCCUUUUUAUACGAGUGAGAUCUAGUUUUUCUAGUUAUUUUAACUUGCGAGUGAACUCAUUAAAGAUAGAGUCUUAAGUAUUUCUGUAAGAAAUUCUUGAGUUUUUCUUGAAUCGUAGAAUUUCAGACGGAGCGGCCCGUGACAUAUACUCACGAUUAAAGUCAAAGAAAUUAGGAAAGUUUAAGAAGAAAAAAAAAGAUAAAAUCUUUUUCAGCAUGAUACGCAGUUAGUCGCUGUCUCAUGUAACGCUGCCCUGUUUUACGGUAUGAAGAUAUCGUGAAAAAUCCGCGAUGAAAAUUUAGAAAUACAACGAGAUUUAAAGUUUAUCGGGUAAAAAAAUCGGGCAAUAUCGCGACUUUUUCUCUCUCUCUCUCUCUCUCUCUCUCUCUCUCUCUCUUGAUAACGAUAUCGCGUCGUUUCUGAAUUUUUAGUACGGUAUUUUUGGUGCAAAAAAAUUCAAGAUGUUAAGGACAAAUCAUUUCCGAUAUAUUUUCGGCCUGUACGCAUAUGAUGAAACAUUCGACGAAGCGUUUGUACUCGUAUUCCUACUAUUAGACAGAGCAUGACUUAUCCUGUAAUAUUACGUAAGUCAGUGAUGUUGCCAGUGGGGUUGCCAGUGGGGUUGCCAGUAGGCAAACCAAGCGAAAAAUUUUUUAUAAAUUAUUGCGAGGAAAAAAAGAAGCUAAUCCGACAGCAAUACACAUAUAUGCGACUACAUACGCAUGCGUGCAGAGAACCGAAGGCGAUUAAGUGAGUGUGACAGAGAGUGGAAGGAGAACGCUCUCCUUUUUUUCGAAAUACAUACAUCGCUGUGACAUACGGAUAGAUCUUUGUGAAAAAUGGACGAAUUAAAAGUGAUCGACUGGGAUUUGUUCUGUAAAUAAAUUCCAAUUGCUGAUCUUCAAAACUAGAAAUACUAAUGCUAAAAAGUUUUGAACUGCUCUCUACUUCUCUCUUUUUCGUAUAGACCUGAAAGUUUUUUUCCGAUUCUUUUGAACAAAUAAGUGUGACUCGAGCAGUUGAAUUUCUAACGAGAGAUGAAACCAAUUACAUAAAUUGACGAUCUAAUUUCACGGGAAAUCUAUCCCCGCCGAUUUCUUUUAAUUCAAGGAUUUCUUGCGAGGAUAACUCGAACGGUUUCAUUAUCAGCAAGCAUUAUUAGCGAGGUAACGGACUUUGGGGGAGGGAUUUGUUAACAUUGUUAUCGACACUUUUAUAUUUCUUAUUAUACUACAUCUCUACCUGUACAUAUAUUUUCGCAAGAGACAAUGCAUGUAUCGUCAAUUAUCAUGCGUUCAAAGUAUCCCACAUCAUACCUCCAUUUUGAAAAAACUCUGCAAAAAAUAAGUAAAUUUAAAAGGAUUGGAGAGGAAAUUCAUUUUGGGAGAAUAAAAUUAAGCAGCAUGCAGUAUGCAGUCCCGUCCUUUUAGCUUGCUUAUUUUUUGCAGUAAAAGUAUAAAGUAGUUUACGAGUGCACUUACGAGACGAUCAGGUUUGUCGUAAUGUGACAGAUCGAUAGCAUACCGGAUAAGAAUACGAUUCUUACCACUUACGGAGGCACGUGUGAUAUCUUACUAUCUAAAGUCUAUCGAGGUAAUUGCUGCGCAAGGCGAUCUUAAUGUUCACCGCUGUCUACUCUCAAUAAAGUGGCUGUCAUUCAAUAAGU